AUGAAUGAAUAUAGUAUUCGUACUAAUGGUGAAAUAUAUGAUCAUCGUAAAUCAGCUACUCUUGAAGGUUUUGAUACAUUUGUCGAUGAAACUAGCGCAGCGGGUCUUCAAGCAGGGCAUAUGGAUAGUGACAAAAUGAUCUUUUCUAAUGAAGGUGAAAUUAUUCUGAAAAAUAACGGUCUAUUAGUCGACGAAAACGUGGCUACAUCAUCAGCAUUCGAUUUACAUACUUUCGUGUUAUCAUAUUAUAACUUGAAGGAAAGAUUACUUUCUAAGUUCGACAUAAAUUUCUAUGUUGAUGAAGAUGCUGAACAACUAUACGCUUCUUAUGGUGAUGCAUUAACAUUAUCCAUAAAACAAAAUGGACGCGAUGCUCCAUGGUUGAGCACUCGACUUGGUAAGAGUCGAGAUCAUUCUCUUUGA